AUGCCUCUGCAACCACACCUCAAGUCAGAUGAAGUGGCCAAAAGAAAAAUGCUGAAGAAUAAGACAGCUUUGAAAAGCUGGGAGUUCGUUGGAUGGGCAGUAUUAGAGCCCCUCUUGUCCUUGACACCACCAGCUCACAGUGUGUUUAUUGUGGUUGAUUCACUGGACUUGGGGUAUUGUGGAGGUAAUGGAGUUGGAGAAGGCUCAAAAUCAGGAGCUGCGGCCACUCAGAGUUCCUCUAUUGCAGAGCUCCUGCUAAAAAACAUACAGCUCCUGCCCCCCUGGAUCUUGCUAGUCUGCUCUGCACGCCGCCAGAACAAAGCCAUUUGCAAGAUAUUCUCAGGUUUUAGGCGGUUGUGUCUGGAUGACUUAAGAAAGCCUGCAACUGUACAAGAUGUACAGCAAUAUAUCCUGCGCAGGCUUGACCAGGAUGGGGCUUUGAGAAGACAACUUACACCAGAGACAGCUGAAAUACUUAAUCUUUUGCACAUCAAAAGCGGUGGCUGUUUCUUGUUUCUUGAGCGAGUACUAGAUGGUGUUGCACAUGGUCUAGUAGGAGUUCGAGAAAUUCGGGACAUUCCUGGCACACUGAAUGGCCUCUACCUUUGGCUCUGUCAGCGCCUCUUUCCUCGAAGGCUGUUUGUCCAUAUUAGGCCUUUGCUGAAUAUCUUUUUGGCAUCCCCACAACCACUAACAGCUGAGCAGCUCUACACUAUUGCCAAAAGCCGUGACUUCUACCUUGGGAUUGGAGACUUCCAA